UUUUGGAUUUUGCAAUCUUUCAAAGUAAUAUAAGCUGCAGUUAUUGCAGAGCUAGCGAGUAAAAUGGCAAAUGAAAUCCGUUUCUUCGAGCUGAAUACUGGAGCUAAGAUCCCUUCAAUUGGAUUGGGAACUUGGCAGGCUUAUCCUGGUGUUGUUGCUCAUGUUAUAGAGCACGCUAUCAAGGUUGGAUACCGCCAUAUUGAUUGUGCUAAAGUCUAUGGCAACGAGAAAGAGAUUGGUUCAACAUUGAAGAAGCUAUUUGAGGAGGGAAUAGUGAAGCGCGAAGAUUUGUGGAUUACUUCGAAACUCUGGUGUUCAGAUCAUGCACCAGAAGAUGUUCCAGAAGCAUUUCACAGCACCCUGCGAGAUUUGCAGCUUGAUUACAUAGAUUUAUACCUUAUUCAUUGGCCUAUUAGAGUGAAAAAGGGAAACUUAGGAUUUCCAAUGAAGGCUGAAGAAGAAGUGGCAUUAGACAUACCUGCCACCUGGAAAGCAAUGGAAGCACUGUAUGAGUCUGGCAAGGCUAAAGCGAUUGGUGUAAGCAAUUUCUCAUGUAAGAAACUUGGUGAAUUGUUGCAAGUUGCUCGUGUUCCUCCAGCUGUGAACCAAGUAGAGUGUCAUCCUUUAUGGCAGCAACACAAGCUGAAGGCCUUCUGCAAAUCCAAAGGGGUUCACUUUUCUGGAUAUUCACCUUUGGGAUCCCCUGGUUGGCUUGAUACUGACGUUCUGAAGCAUCCAAUUCUAAAAGAAGUUGCUGAAAAAUUAGAAAAGACUCCUGCACAGGUGGCUCUACGAUGGGGACUACAAAUGGGUCAUAGUGUACUUCCAAAGAGUUCAAAUGAAGCCAGGAUUAAGGAAAAUUUUCAUGUUUUUGACUGGUCUAUCCCAAAUGAAUUACUUGCUAAAUUUUCUAAGAUUCAACAGGUAAGAUUACUUCGUGCCAGCAUCUUAUUCCAAGAAACUGAUGGAGUCUCCGAAUAUGAAAGAGAAGCGAUGUGGGAUGAAGACGUUUGAGAAGUUAAAUAAGAAUAAACUUUUGUCUUGGCCGUUCCUUAAUUUUCUUGUUCUUUAUUUUUCUGUUUUUCGAAAAUUAUGCUUAUGUUUAGCUAUGUUUGUGUCUUGUGAUCAUUAGUGUCUUAGUGUCUAUGCCUUAAAGUUAUGAAUGUCCUAUGAAUCCAUCAUCUUUCUUGAAUAAAAAAUGU